ACAACACGGAAGUGUUCUCUGGAGGCAGCUGGUCUUCGGUCGGUGACAGGAUGUCGGCCGACAGCCUGGAGAAGAGGACGGUGGUGGUGCAGUGGCCGUCCGGGGAUGUGGACGAGGAGCUGCUGCUGCUCUACUUUGAGAACCGGCGCCGCUCCGGGGGAAGUCAGAUCGCCUCUGUGGAGAAGAGCGGCUCCAGCGCGGUGCUGGUGUUCGAAGAGGCUGAAGCCGCGGCCCGAGUGCUGUCCAAAGGCCACCACGUCGUGCACAAUGUGGAGCUCCUCGUGCGCAGGCCCGCCGCCAAGGACCCCCGCAGGCUGCUGCUGCGCGGCGUCAACCCCGGCACCAGCAGCGAGAUGAUCGAGCUGUACGUGGAGAACAUGAUGGGGCUCAACACGCAGGACUACACCCUGCUGCCGGCGCCGGGGAGGGACCUCGUCCUCAUCCACCUCAGCCAGGCGUUCACUAAAGACUUCCAGACAGUGAGCGCAAAGAUCUCCCAGCGUGCGCUGGACGGGGCGCACGUCACCCUGGAGCAGAUCGAGCAGACCGACUCCAUCCUGGUGGAGAACCUGCAUCCCGGCGCCGCUCCGGACCUGCUUAGUCUGUACUUCGAGAGCAGCCGAGGUGGAGGCCAGGAGGUGAAGCAGGUGGUCAUGUUGUCGGAAUCUGUGGCCAAGGUCUCCUUCGCAAACUACGAAUCUGUGGACACUGUGGUGGAGCUGCCGCACAGGCUGGACGGUAGCGACCUGGCGGUGAAGCCCUACUUCGAUUUCCUUCAGCCCACCGAACCUCGCCAGGAUUCCUCUGGGAACGACGUUCAGAUGCGGGCGAGUCCCCCGGCGGACGUGGAGGCGGAAGAGGAGGAGCCCAUGCAGGAUCAGAUCGAGGUCCCGGAGAUAACGACAAGCCAGAUUACUGUGGCCGACCCGCUGAAGCGAGCUUUGCUUCAGCACAGCACCUUCCACAUGGACCUGCAGAAGGCGAACCCGAACGUCGUCAUCCAGACGAAGGACGACGGCGUGCACAUUACUGGAGAUAACCGGAUACGAGUCGAGCAGCUCAAACAGAAAGUCUUGGAUUUCAUCGGUAACAUGGCCGAGACAAAGAUCGCCCUCCAGCCAGAGGCGGCUCAGUUCCUGGCAAAGAAAGACGUACAAGACCGGCUCCUGGAAGCCAUGAAGCAGAGGGGCUCCUUGGCCUUGUACUCCGUGUCGGACUCCCGCAUAGUGGUAGCGUCUCUUUCCAGGGACGAAGCAGAGCAGGCGGGCAGCUUCUUAAAAUCCCAAGUGUGCCACAUCAGCAUUUCCCUGGACCCGGAGCAGAAGGGCCUGCUGUGCUGCAGAGAGUGGUCCGAGUUCCUGGAGGGCCUGAGCCUCUGCUCCCUGAAGGUCUCGGACGGAGGAGGCGGCCUGGACGGGUGGACUCUGGAAGGACUGGAGGAAGAGAAGCAGGCCGCCAUCCUGCAGUUCCUCACCACGCCCAUCGAGAGGGAGGCCGUCAUCCCGAUGGCGCCGGGCAUGCUGAAGUACAUCCAGAUCCACUGCCACCAGCUGCUGGCCGACAUGAACCAGGUGUCCAUUCUGCCGCUGGAGGGCGACGACGAAUGCGGACUGAAGCUCCACGGCUCCGCCGUCGCUUGCCAAAUGGCAGAGGAGCUGCUGCAGGACGUGAUCGCCUCCAUCUGCACCAAGACCAUCCACGUCAGCGCCCCGGGUCUGACCCGCUUCCUCCAACACAAGGACUGCCUGAGCAUCAUGCACGAGAUGGAGGCCAAGUUCCAGGUGUACAUCAGCCUGCAGCACGUUCCCUGGGAUUUCCUGCAUUAUGAGGAUUUUGCAAGCUUUGCUUGGAACAUGUUGCCAAAAAGCUUCCCUCGAGUUUCCGUGGACGACUCUCCUCAAGAGCUGAAAGCUGAUUCGGUCCAAAGUCAAAAUCGUGGAUCGUCAGAUCAAGUCCUUUUAAACAAUACGGUGAAAGCUACCGCGGCCGUCGGCGAAAGGCAACAGGAGAUUAUGAAUUUGACAGACCCGGUUGACUUGGACGGCAUGGACGACCUGGACCUGUACACCACAGGUGAAGCAUCGAAUUCCCCCGAUGAACAGACCAGUGUGAACGGCGCGUUUGCCUCGCCCGACAAUCUGGAAGAAGAAGCCCAACUCUCUUUAGCCAUCCAGUACUCUCUGCAGUCCAGUGCUCUGAAGGAUGACGAGCAGCAGCAGCUGCAGAAAGCCUUGGAGCUGUCCAAGAGUAUGAUCCAGAGUGAGGUAUUUUGUGGCCGAGCUAAAACGGACACCCAGGUAACCCCACCCCACAAGGACAUUCGCAAGAUGUCCCUGGAGGAAGCCAUCGAUUCAGCAAACACCGUGGACUUGGUGACUUAUGCCGGAUACCCCAGCGACCUCUCCAGGGUGGAAAUCGCCUUCAAUAAGAAGGUCACCCAGAGGCAGGUCGACGAGAAAGUGGAGAACAGGAACUUAAGAAAGAUGUCCAAGUACCACUGGAACUGUGUGCAGGUGAUCAAGAGGAUGCACGCAGUUGAUGUUCAAGUUCAGGGGACUAUAAUUACCGUUUCUGGGUUCAAGGACUUUGUGUCUAUAGCAAUGUGGGAUGUGAAGAAGCUGUUGGACGACUUGUCCAGUUUUGUGCCCGACGAGGAAGUCUUAAAAUCAAUCCAGUGGGUGUGGCACGACCCGGCCUCCGCUAACACCACUCCGUAUUGUCCCGAUGCUAUACUCUACAUUGAGAACGCCUGGAAGAAGACGAUGAGCGACAUUGUGAUAUUGCUCGACAACGAGCCCCACAUCAUCGACUUUGAGAGGAUGAAAGAAAUCAACAAAGCGACAGGGAAGGCUGUGAAAAUCUCCAGGAAGCUGCUGAAUGUCGCGGGCUUGGACGAGGAGUUACCAGAAGAAGAGUACUCUCUGCUGUCAGACCUGCCCGAAGCGAGCAAAGUGGACGUGGACUCCGAUGAGUUUCAGGACGUGGUGAAGGAAUUCUACAAGACCAUCCACGAAUUCCACAGCAAAAUUCGAAUCAUACAGGUGGAGAAGAUCCAGAACCGCCUGCUGUACAAUCAGUACAAGCUGAAAAAGGCCAGCAUAUCACAGCGCGCCACCUACCCGGAGAUCGAGCGGACUCUUUACCACGGCACGAGUGAGACCAGCGUGAAGGAAAUUUGCAUUCAUGGCUUCAACAGAAGCUUCUGUGGAAAGAACGCCACCGUCUACGGUCAGGGCGUCUACUUCGCCGUCAACUCGUCGCUGUCCGUGCAGGAUACGUACUCUCCCCCCAACGCCGACGGGUACAAGUACGUGUUCGUGUGCAAGGUUCUGACGGGAGACUACACCAAAGGCUGCAGCUCCAUGAAGACGACCCCCCUGAAGGAGACGGGCGACAUCCCGCUGCGGUACGACAGCGUGACCGACAACAUCAGCAAGCCGUCCAUGUUCGUCAUCUUCAACGACACGCAGGCCUUUCCCGAGUACGUCAUCACGUGCCAGAAGAUCCGCUGACGGGCUCCUUAUCGGACAUGCUUUAGUUGUUCACCAGAGAACAUUUUGCCUUAAAUAGAAAAGUAUGUUUGUUUGUUUGAGGGCUGCGGUUUUUUUGUUUUGUCGACGUGUUCCUCAUUUGAGUUGAGGAAAAAAAUCAUGUUUUUCCUGUUGGGGCAAAAUACAGCUUCGUUUUAAGAUAAAAAUUUUGUCUUCAUAGAUUUAAUAAAGCUUUCCAGGGCUCCAGUGUGUCGA